AUGACUAUUGGCAAUUGCCAGUUGGCAUCAUCGUUUCGUCCACUCUGCAAAUCAGCACUUCGAUCCGUUCGUAGAUUUCUCACCAACGGCACUGUGCAACUCAGAAAUCGUCUCUGCAAAUCGAGCCGAAACCAUCGAAUCACCGCUUUACCAAAUGAUUUACAACUAAACAUCCUAUCGUAUCUACCACCUGAAGAUGUGCUCAGUGCAAAAUUGGUUUGUCGCCAAUGGAAUGCGCUCAUCAAUCGCUAUCCAACGUCAACUCAUCGAUUCCCCAUCGAAAUAACCAUCAAGAAUCCUGCAAAUGGGAAUUGCGAAAUUUGGGUUGAAGUCAAACAAACUACCAGCAACUGUUUCACUGUUCAUCAGUUGUUUCCGCAAAAAUUCCAAGUCACAUUCGAGAAGCUGGACUCAUGGAGCGAUCUGCUGCAACAUUGCAUUGUUGAGUCGAUUGUUUUGGAUGGUAGCAAUCGUUCGAAGAAAGCGAAAUUCAAGCCGAAUGCAGCAAAUCAACUCGAUGAUUAUAUUAUUGAGCGUAUCUGUAACCUUCUUCGACGACUGAACGCUUCGAAACGUUUGUGUGAACUCCAAACGUUCACUAUGUGUAACUGGACUAUCGCUGAGGUGAGAACAAAACGAUCUCAAGUAACUGAACAAUCGCCAUAUAGUGAUCAUAGUACACAUUCAAUUCUGUUCGGAUAA